CCCAGGUUCAGCGAGUUACUGAAGCAGCGUGCAGGAGUCGGACGUGGAGAAAGUGUCGUUGUCAAGUGUCAAUUUUCUUGGGGUUUUUUUGGCACUUUGGUGGGGUUCCAAAACCCUUUGACCCUUUACAACCAUGAGGGAUUCGGAUCUACCUCCAAAUGCUCGUCUGCAUAUCGCCCAGCUGUCUGAGACUGCGAAUAAGGAGAAUCUCAGAGCUAGAUUUGAGAAGUACGGAACCAUAUAUGAAAUUUACGUCAAUACAAACAAAGGAUUCGGCUUCAUACAGUAUGCCAGUGCAGCGGAGGCAGCAAAGGCAAUAGCAGCUGAAAAUACGAGCUUCUUUGAAGGCAAACAUAUAGGUGUUCGGCUUGCCCAAAAAGACAGGUUUGGGAACACCAUCAAUACAGAUGAUAGAGGGAGACCGGCUGCUAGCAGAGGCCAGGACCCAUUCCUUGAUAGAGACAGAGAUAGAGAGAGAGACAGGGAUUUGGAUCGCUAUAGAGAGCGGGAUUUGCCACUUCGUGACCUGCCACUUCGGGGUAGAGAGCGUUCGCCCCACCGUGAUCGAUACGAUGACCGUUAUUAUGACAAAUUUGAGCGAGGCAGAGACCUGUAUGAGAGAGAUCGUGAGGACGCUAGGAGACGAGAUCAGUUCUUUGAGGAUCGACUUCCUCCCGUCAGAGAUCGCUAUGACGACCUGUAUCCACCAGAAGAUGACUACCGUAGGGAGGCUGUGUUCAGGGACAGAGAAAGAGACAGAGACAGGGACAGGGAGAGAGACAGGGAAAGAGACAGGCGGGAUCCCCUUGAGCGCGGACGUUCCAGGGACAUCCUAGACAGGGACAUCCUAGACAGGGACAUCCUAGACAGAGACAUCCGAGAGAGAGACGUCCGAGAGAGAGACAUCCUAGAGAGAGACAGCCUUCCAAGAGACAGUAGGGAUGCCUAUGACAGGAGGGCACCGCGUCACCCUGAACCAGCCCUCAUUGAUCCACUACCACCUGUCUCUGCCCCGCCACCCCUACCCUCAGCUGAGAAACCCAUCGAUUGUGAGAUACUCCUGAUGGGAAAGCACCUGAGGGAUUAUGCCGAUCUUGUAGAGCGUCGCGUCAAGGCGCUGUCCCUCAACACCGGCCUGCUGCUAAUUGCCAACGAAAGUUCCCUGACUCAGGCCCUGGAGGAUGUCACGAGACGUAAGGUCCUGUACGCUAUCAUCCUGACGUCACAGAACGAGGUGCACCGUUCUGUUACUCUCAACAUCCUGCACGGGAGCCCUCAAGAGCACAGAAACAUGCCGUUAGAAGAUGCCUUGGCGUUAGUCGAUCGUAACUUCUCCACUUAUCUCCAAGAUCGGGCAGUGCCAGUCAAGAGUUCCUCAAGCUCUGCCCCCGCCGCUCCAAUGGCCCCCCUCCCUGGGGAGCCACCGUUACCCAAGUCCCAGCCCCCACUCCCCCCUACCCCACAGCCCCCUGCACCCCCGGCCGCCCCUACCGCCUUGGCCAUUCCAGCGGUCGAGCUGACUAUCCCCCAACUUAUCAACCUGCUCGCCGAUCGCAAACAGCUUACGUUGAGCGAGAUGGAUAGGGUCAUCAGUCACUUACAGGCAGUCCGGCGUAAAAUGGCCAUUGAGCAGGGUCUGAAUCCAGACCCGCCUGCUGUGGCUAGCUCUGCCCCUGCCCCCACUAUCACCAAGAGUGUACAGCAACCUAUAGUUACCCCAGCUGUAGCCCCAGCCCCAGCGAAACCAGUGGACCCCAAACAGGCUGAGCUACAGGCCAAGAUUUUAAGCAUCUUCAACCCAUCUGGUAGCAGCAGCACAGCCGCAGCCACAUCCGCAGCCAAUAGGACAACAAUGGCUACGGCUCCUCAGCCGGUAUCCAGGCCUAGCAUGGCUGCUUCCUUUCUGCACGGUGGCAGUCUUUCAUCUGUAAAUGCAUCCCAGGCAGCCAAAGCUGCCCCUACCAGCAAGUCAGCCGGAGAUAUUAAUUUUGACAGUCCUGUCGUACAGAAGGUCCUGGAUAAGUUGAUACUGUCUGGACCGACGAUGUUGAAGAAACUCGCCACCUCUGCUAACGGGACAGCGUCGAUCAGCACCUUCAGUCGAACCCAGGCUAGUAACAGCAAAGGCAUCAAGGAUCCAAAGAGCCAAAGCAGGGUCACUCCUAAAGCUGGGCUUUCGAGGCAAGACAGCGACGCUCAGCUGAGAGCAGCACAGCAGGCUGCGCUGAAGACGCUACAGCAGCAAGAAAAUGCUACAAUGACCGUGCAAUCUAAUAUGACGCGGCAGAUCCCACCAACACCUGCAGCUGUGAUGCAGAACCAGUACCCGCCAGGGAUGGUGCAGUAUCCGCAGCCAGCACAGUAUCAACAGCAGCAAGCAGUGUAUCAGCAACAGCAACAAGCUGCGUAUCAACAGCAGCAGCAGCAACCAAUGGUCCAGUACCCACAGCAGCAGUACCAGCAACCCAACAUGCAGCAGCAACAACCUCUUGCUACCAGUCCCACACCGCUGUUGCCAGAUCCCAUCGACAAGAAAGGCAGGGGUUGGCCUCGUGGAUGGAACCCGCCCGGAGUACAGUCGACUGGUGGCCAGCAAACCGGUCACCAGCAGGGGUUUCAGUCCAGCGCUCAACCAAACCUUCAACAGAAUCCUCACAUGAAUCAAAAUUCACGCGCCUCUUACCAGCAGCAGCAGCAGAACAGAGGCUAUCUUGGCAACCGCUCGCAACCAAAGCCUCCAGGCAUUUAGAGAACCUCAACGCAUCCUAUCAGAGUUCUGCAUUCUCACUGUACAACACUUGUAUAUCUUCUAUUAAACCAGGCUGCAUCUGAACCUCUUGCCUAGAUCCAUAGUCCAGGUCUUUGUCAGUUACAAAAAUAUGGUAACAUGUAGAUGCAGCCAUAGCCCUGGAUCCUUAGGCCUGGCUAUGGCUUGAAAUUCCACACUAGUCAAUGAAAGCGUCUGCAGCCACUGCACAUUGACUUGUGUGUAAUUUCUAACCGCAGCCAAGUAAUGCAGACACUGCCUUAUUUGGAUCUGGCCUAAUCUUACAAUUACGUCUUGCACCCAGACUUCUUCCCUAAGAAUCAGUACACUUGUAGGAUAGGUCCAUCCUUCUGAAUCCUUCUGAUUCAGUUUAUCAAAUAUUCUUAAAUCCUUGUCCUUUAAUUCUUAGAAGAAACAAAAUCAAACUGUGACUUU